AUGGCCUCCUCUCCCCUCCACCUCUUCCUCCUCCUUCCCCUGCGCCUCCUCUUCCUCCUCCUCCUCCUGCUCGCCGCGGCCAAACCCGUCCUCGAGAACGGUUACACGGUCACCACCUUCGCCGACCUGAACCCGCUCCCGGCCUCUGGGCCGUACCCCUACGCGAUCCUCCCGCGGCUCCACGCUGGCGACCUCCUCCUCCUCGACUCCGCCGGAUCCGCGCUCUACACCCUCUCCUCCUCCUCCUCCCCGGCGAGCCGCGCAGGCUGGCGAGGGGCAAGCGGGCUCCGGGUUCGACGACGGCGACGCCGCCUUCGACCGCCCGCGCAGCGUCGCCGUCGAUGCCGUCGACAACGUCUACGUCGCCGACCAACGCCACGGCGCCGUCCGCAAGGUUAUACUACUACGAUUGCCGGAGGCCUCUCAUCAGGGCAUGGUCACAGGGAUGGACUGGCACAGAAUGCUACUUUCUCGGCAGAUUUUGAGCUUGUUUAUGUCCCCAAAAUUUGUGCCCUGUUAGUAGCUGACAGAGGAAAUCGAAUGGUUAGACAAAUCAAUCUAAAGCCAGAAGAUUGUGCACAUGAAAAACAGUCAGGCUUGGGAACUACAUCGGUGUCGGUCAUUGCAAUAUUGUGUGCAUUGCUCGGUUCAAUUAUCGGGUUCUUAGUUCGUCAUUUUUACCCUGUCAAUGAAGUCUCCAUCAACCACUUUUUCAGCAGGAUACAGAAGCAGUUCCUGAGGACACAGAGGAAGGCAACUCUGAUCAGCUUCUGCGACAUAAAAAGCGCAGUUGCUAGCUCCAUGGGCUACACCCUCCUGCUUAGACUGAUCAGACUUGGCCGUGGCUAUCUAGCCAUGGUGUUCCCUAGUGUUAGCUCCCUUCCUCCUACUGGGCAACUGGGGGAUCUGAUAAGCUUUGCUGGAGAUGCCGGUGAUAAGGAGGGUAGUGGUAAUGCCAAUAGUCAGGAGGGUAAGGUGCCAUCUUAUGAGGGUGACUUGAUGGGUCUUCUCUACAUCCCACCUGGCAGCGUUAAGAAAAUUGAUCACAUGAUCGAGACCAACCUAUCCGGCUUUUCAAGCCAUGUGAAUCGUCGUAGAUUAACUGUUAGUGGUUGUAGUAUUGACAAUAUGUCAAACAAUCGAAUAGGCGGUCACUCAACGAGCAUGGAAAAAGAUGACAAAUAUACCGAACGUAGUGGUGGACAAUUCGACACUGAUGUACCAAUGUCCAAAGUACCCGUGACAGAUAGUACUUUCGAAGAGGACUUUGGCACCUCCAGUGAUUCAUGCCAAGGUGCCUGGAGUAAUCUGAGUAAACAAGUUGUUUCGAAUUUAUCUGAAAGUGUUGUCUCGCUGGCUUCAUUCAAUGGAGGUGAAUUGAACUGUGCGUGCACAGGCAUGAUUGUCACUUACGCACAAGGUUUUGUAAACAUCCUGACUUCAGCAGAUCUGCUUAGAUCUCGUCAUGAUUCCAACAAUUUUUCUUCCAGUAUGAGGAUUAAAGUGUAUUUUCCAAAUGGGCAAGAAGGCAGGGGUUUUCUGAGACACUAUGAUUUGGAUUACAAUGUUGCUUAUAUGCAAGCCAAAUCUUUUCCUGGUCUUCAAGAAGUAUUUCUCGGUCCUCAAUUGCAAAUUGGGCCUCACAGCCAGGUAGUAGCUGGCUUCAAGUCUGGCAAAUUAUUGGCUGCAGCUGGGAUAGUGACUGAUGUGCCGACUGAGAAGUAUAUGACCUCUACGUGCAAAAUCACUAGGUGUGGACUUGGAGGGCCUCUUGUUGAUUUUGAAGGGAACUUUGUUGGCAUGAACUUUUAUAACUCGGAAGGGAAUACAUUCCUACCAAGGAACAAAAUUCAAAAAAUGCUUGAGUGUAAUCUUGUACACUGUAUACUUAAAUCUAUACAUAUUCAAAUUCAAAUUCUGAGCCAGAUCGGGAUUGAGGCUAGUGUUGGAAAGUACUUCAUCAAGCACAAUUAA